AGCGCGCACCCGGCUAACUAGCUAGCCAUUUCACACCGGUUACAUAGGGAUCAGAUCUGUUUUAUUUUUUUAACAAAAAGGUUGUUUGAUUUAUUGUAUUUUUUUGGUAAUUUGUUCAGUUUUGGGGGUAGGGAAUCCUGUUUCCAUCCGGCAUAAUAGGUGGCGGGAUGCACAUUAAAUUGUGUGAUCGACCCUGCCGCGGAUAUCGACUCUGCCGCUUGAGCAUGCUUUUGCGGCACAGUCGAUAACGCGCUGGACUUCGGGCUAGAAGGUCGAGGGAUCGAGACUUGCUCUCUGCCUGUCUCAUUUACAUAGAAAAAAAAAACAACCAUACGUGGAUCUCGCGUGAUUUCAUAUUUGCUGAAUCGUCCAAUCAGUGAGCUACGUGUAUCUUUCGGGUUCAGAGGGUAAAGGUUGUAUGAAGAUGGCAGCCGUGUAAACUGAGGCGUUGGCAGUAAACUAAAUGGCUCACAGGAGUAGAUUAGUGUGCAUCCAUAUCUAGACUUGAAAUGCAGAGCUCGAUAGAUACCUGAUAAUUAUUCAAUUUCGAGAUUUUGUCGAGGAGGGCGGCAUAAUGGCAAUAGUGUACGAGUUCGUGUGGCAGGUUCUGCAUGUCCUUCUCCACAUUCAUAGAACGCUUAUCACUUGGUUCCGAAUCCGACUUCGGAAUUGGAAUGGGCGACUGUGGUCACGAGCCUUAACAGCGCUUAUUGUGCCGAUGGCUCUCUCGUUUCCUAACCAAAAAAAUAUUGUCCCAGCACCCGGUAAACGCGUUGGUCGUCGGUAUCGCUGGGGGGCGGAUGGGAAAUCUCUGGAGAAGCUGCCUGACCAUAUCGGUUUAUUGAUAGCGGAAGAGGAGCCACGGUACACAGAUAUAGCCAACCUUGUGGUGUGGUGCAUGGCAGUCGGCAUAUCUUAUGUCAGUGUAUACGAUAAUUACGGUGUCUUCAGGAGGAACAACUCAAGGCUGAUGGAUGAGAUCCUGAAGCAGCAGCAGGAGCUCCUAGAUCUAGAAGGCUCCAAGCAGCUCUGUGUGGAGUUCCUUAACAAUGGCACUGACAAACAGGACCAACAAGUGCUGUCGUGUCAGUCUGUAUUGAAGGUGCUGUCUCCAGACGACGGGAAGCUGAGGAUCGUGCAGGCAGCACAGCAGCUGUGUAGAGCUGUGGAGCAGAGGGAAAAGACAUCCGAAGACAUUAAUGUCACUGUGUUGGACUCCCUACUCAGAGAGUCGAAGAGUACACCAGAUCCAGACCUGGUUCUGAAGUUCGGCCCAGUAGAAAGCACCCUGGGAUUCCUGCCCUGGCACAUCAGACUGACAGAGUUCAUCUCCUUACCCUCCCAUGUAGGCGUCUCCUAUGAGGACUUAUUCAGCGCCUUGCAGCGCUACGCCUCCUGUGAGCAGCGGCUGGGGAAGUGAGUGAUUGGCCCCGCCCCUCCAGAGGAAGGGGAAAGACAAGGGUGUGGGGUAGGGGUCCGCCCUAGCCCCUCUUCCUCCUGGGUCUCUGUUUGCAGUACAGGCACUAGAGAACAAGCAGCCAGCCAGACAGCGUACUGCCACAUCACAUCGAAUCUCACCUCCAACCCCGCUCACUCGGACUCACUACUUGGACUCACUACUCGGACUCACUGCUCCUCCGCAACGUGAAAGGGUCACCAGGCUGCCUCUGUGAGGCAUGCUGGGUAGUACGGACCCUGACAAGGUAAUGGCACGCACUGAACAUCAGCGGGCUUGGAAGAGAUCGGCCAAUGCCCCCGCAUCAGCUGUAUUUAACGAGGAACCAACAUUACCUGAAGGACAUUGUUAGCCGUAUGGUGUAAAUCUAGUGUUGCUUUGCUUCUCUCUCGCUCUCUCUCUGUUUGCUGUAGAUCCUGUUGUGCCCCUGAGGUAUGAAUGAGGAUAAUGGAUCAAGCUUUCUGCUGCUCUGGAAGGGAGCGGUGUGUUGUGAGGAAUGUGCCAGGCAGAAAGUUUAAUGCUAAACAACAACCUUGCUCUUCAGGUCUCUCCAUCUCUGUAAAGGACUGCAUGGAGGACCUUGGGGCUUUUCUGGAAAUUAUACUUCAUAUAAGUGUGCUUCAAAUGUAGCGCUUGAUCAAUAUGGUACGGGAGGAUGUGGAACGAGAGCUCUGUGAUACGUGACUAUACUCUGCAUGUUAAGGAUGUCUGACUACAUGGUUGUGCUGUGUCUUCAUUCAGAGUUACUAUUGGUGGACUGUGUGUGUCUGCUUUUGUACAUGUGUGAAACUCAGCCAGCAAGUUACAUUAAACCUACACAAAAUCCAAUCUUUGCAAUCAAUCAGGAUGAAAAAUAAAGCAGUUGUCUGUAUACAAUUUCCCCCAUGACCAACACUAUUUUAUUUGGUGUUGAAUUACUAGGUUCUCACCCCGUUCUCCAUAAUAUUAAGAUUUUUGCAUGUUGAGCCCCUUAAUCCUCAAUGCUGCUGUCUGUUGUUGUUAAUCCAUGUGAAGAUUGACUAAUUCUUGUAUUAAAGUGUUUUGCUAUUUCUUUCAU